AUGGACCCGGGAGGACCCGUCCGCUGCGGGGCCCCCGGGGCCGCCUCGCCCGCGCCGCCACCGUUCGCGCGCAUCGCCCCGUCACUUUUCCUCGGGAGUGCGCGCACCGCGGCCGCGCCAGAGCUGCUGGAGCGCGCGGGCGUCAGCCUGUGCGUCAACGUCUCGCGUCAGCAGCCCGGCCCGAGCGCGCCCGGCAUGGCCGAGCUGCGCGUGCCCGUGUUCGACGACCCGGCCGAAGACCUGCUGACGCACCUGGAGCCCACCUGCGCCGCCAUGGAGGCCGCGGUGCGCGCCGGCGGCGCCUGCCUAGUCUACUGCAAGAACGGCCGCAGCCGCUCGGCCGCCGUGUGCACCGCCUACCUCAUGCGGCACCGCGGCCUCAGCCUGGCACAGGCCUUCCAGGCGGUGAAGAGCGCCCGCCCGGUGGCCGAGCCCAACCCGGGUUUCUGGGCUCAGCUUCAGAAGUACGAGGAGGUCCUGCAGUCCCUGUCCUGCCCGCCCGGGGAGCCCUCGGGACCGUGCUCCCGAAGGAGAGAAGAGCUCCAGAAUGAGCCCUAGUCCUACAACCCUUGGAGAUGACCCGGCGCCCAAAGCAGGGCGCAUGGAGUUGAAGGUAGUUCAAGCGCUGCCUGGAGGAUGAUCUUCCUCCUCCCUUCCCUUCUUCCUCGUUGUCGUACAGAGUUUACAUUUCACCUUAAAUGCAGCUCUUGUGCCCUUUGACGGUACUGCAGGAGCGUAUCCACUUAGGAAGGGACUGAGAGCAUCCCUUCCUUAGGUUUAUCAACAGGGCUUGGUCAGGAAAGUCAAUACCACUUGAGAAAUUUUAGGCAGGAAGGUAUUUAAUAC